GUUCUGUUAUCUGGUUAAUUUAACAUUAUCAGUCAAUAUGUUUUUAUUAACUUAUUUGAAACGAAGUUAUGUGAUUGAAAAUAUCGCUAUUGUGUAGAUGCAAUGUUAAAAAGCCGUAGUGAUUUGUUUUUUACUGUUAGAAUUGUUCUGCGUGCACAUCAAUAAUUCAGAAUAAAGAAGAUUUAAAAAUAAAAACUAUGAGGAAAUCCUGUAUUGCUUCAUUGGCAAUUUAGCAACAGAAUGGAAACUAGACACUUAUUGAUUUUUUUAAUAUUCAUACUGAAUGAAAAUGACGUGUCCCAAAGCCGAGAAUCGAAGAAGUGUAAGUUACACAAUGUUUAUGGUUUAAAAGCAUUGGAUUGCCAUGAUCUGUUUUUAAAUGAAUUUCCAAAAGGUUUGACCUCAAAUGUACAAGUAAUGGACUUAUCAACCAAUCGAAUACGAAAAAUAAGCAAAGCACAGUUAGAAAAAUAUCCUUAUAUUAUGCACCUGUAUCUAUAUGACAACUUUAUACAAAAAUUGGACAGUGAUACAUUUGACCCAUUGCAUUAUUUAGAAACUUUAGAUCUAUCUGUCAAUGGAUUAUUAACAGUUCCUUCAGGAAUUUUCCAGCUACCUUCACUUAAAAUCUUAUACUUAAGUAAAAAUAUGAAUAUUAAUAUUGCUGAAUCACUUAGAGAUAUCGAGCCUAUUUCGUACUCCAGUCUUACUAAAGUAGAUAUAAGUUAUAUCACUGAAGAGGGAACACCAGCAGAAUUUCCAAAUUUUAUUCAGCAUUCAAUGAUAGCUUCUCUUAAUAUUACAGGCAACUAUUUCAACCACAUAUCAACAACUCAUUUUGCCGGCCUUUGCAACUUGCAAAUCUUGACAAAUUCUGAUGUUACUUGUAACUUUUUAAGUCCCUGCGAUUGUUGGAAUAUUAAUAACUGGUUAGCUGAGAGAAAAGUGAAUUUUACAGCUUUUAGAUGUCCUAAUAAAGAGACUGAGUGCAGUAGUCAGUUUAUAUCAGACGAAGACAUAAGUGUUUACGCAAAAUGUCUAGAAAAGACGCAACGAAUCAAACGUUCAACAUUUUUCAAAAAACUUGGCAUCUGGAUUGGAGUUGCACUUGCUUUUCUUUUAAUUUUAGCAGCAUUUUUUAUUUACAGAUGUUGGAUAAAACGUAGGCACAAGAAAACGGAGCAUGAAAUGAAACACGUACAGUAUAGAACGGUGCGGUAACAUAAUCAUGCUCGACUUUUUUAUAAUAUGUUCUUUACUAUUCAUUUCCUACUGCGCAAGUAUUAUAAAACUAUACUUAGUUUAAAUAAGCCUAAUGUGAUGUAUAGUGUAAGUUGUAAUUAAAUAUAAAUAAAAUCAAA